GUGUACACUCCGCCCGUUGACUUGACACUGCACCGGACGCGGGCCGUUGUGUUUGUCCGGCGUUUGUUGCGGAGAUGCGUCAUAUCUCGGGGGACUCUACACUGGCGCAGCGCGAGUUUGGUUUGGUGAUAACUGAUGCUGAUGUGCCUUCUGACUAAUCGUUUCGACACCUAGUUAUACGCAGUUAUGCAUUACGUUUCUACUAAUUACACGUGAAGGCUGAUAAUUAACCUGUGAUUUUCGCUAAUACAUUCGAUAACUUGAAAGAGCAAGAUGUUCGGGAAAAAGAAGGAAGUUAAAAAAGAACGGCGAGCUAGGCCAGCAGGAAGUCUAGCCCAGUAUGGGAUAUUUGAAAUACCAGAAAACUUGAGUGAUCUUGGUGGUCAAAUUGAUCAUGACGAUGACGACGAUGAAGAUUUGGAGGCUGAAUUAGCUGCACUUACAGCUGGAGAUCAGCCUAGGAGACCAGCACCACGUAGACCUCCUCCAAAGCCAGCAGCUGAGCUGGACCGUAUGGUCAGCGAGAGUUUGAAAGAUAUUGGUUCUGAUGAAGAAUUGUCCGGUGAUGACGAUGAUCCUGAUUUACUGGAUGAGUUGAAAGCCAUAACCGGAGAUGGCCAAGAAGAACCUGCUGAUAUAUCUGACCAUACUAAUGACACUGUAAAUGACACCACCAAGUUACUUGAAGAACGACUAUCAAUGUACAAGAAGGCAGAGCAAAUAGCCAAGUCUGAUAAUAACUCGAGUCGAGCAAGGAGGUAUAAUAGAGGAGUUAAAACCUUGGAACAAUUGUUAUCAUCCUGUAGAUCAGGAAAUGAAAUUAACUCUAGUGACAUUCCACCCGUUCUUCCACCAUCUGCUUUAGGAGAAUCCGCACCAAAACCACCAGUUGAAAAUGUAACACCAGCUGCUUCGGAGCUUACAGAUGGUUCCCCUGAAGCUCCUAUAAGCACAGCAGACGAUACUUCCCCAGUUACAGAUGAAACCACUGAACCAAAAACUGAAGGAUUACCAUCGGUUCAGGUUGAUGAAGAAACUUUGAAUAUGUUAAAAAUGCGUCAAAAGGAGUACAAAAUUGCAGCAUUGGCAUGGAAAAAAGCUGGCAAUCUUGAAGAGGCUGUCAAAUGCAUAAAAAUAACCAAACGAUUCGAUACCAUCAUUGCAGUGUAUUCCCAAGGAGAUACAGUAGAUUUAUCAGAUAUGCCGCCUUCACCGUCGCUACCAAGUUGCGCGCCUGCUUCGGACAGUCCUUCCAACGAAGGUAAAGAAGAGAGUGAAAAUCAACAAGCAACCUCGAUUCAACCCACCGUACCAGCAAAUCUGCCCCCAGUAGAACCAAACAUGGAAUCUUUGGAAGGUGCCUUGAAAGAACGUUUGGAAGUUUAUCGGCGCUCUAAAACAAUGGCUGAAACUGAAGGUAAUUCAUCGAAGGUUAGAAGAUACGGCCGAAUAUGUAAACAAUUUGAGGAUGCUUUGAAAAUGCACGCUAAGGGAAAGCCAGUUUCUAUUGACGAACUACCAACCCCACCCGGUUUCCCGCCACUCUCUGGUAUAGGAGGGCCCAGCGCUGCUGCAUCAAGACCAGCACCGCCUCCACCAACAAUAUCUGAACCAGCCGAACCGGCAGAACCGCCGAAGCCAAAACCACGUCCAAGUCCUAGUCCAUCGCGAGAAACUACACCCGUUGCCUCACCACGAACAAAUUCUGACCAGAAGAAAAAGUUAACAACUCGAGUUGACAAGCAAAUUGAGGCUUUGCAACAGCGCCAGCGAGAAUUGAAACUGGCUGCUUUAAAAGCAAAGAAGGACGGUGAUUUAGAAUUAGCCAGAGAUUACUUAAGGCAAGCAAAAGGAAUUGAUCCAUUGCUUAACGCAAGUUUAUCGGGCUUACCAGUCGAUAUGAAUUCCAUUCCUUUAUCACCUGAAGCAAAACUGCAACUGGAGUUGCAGGAUUCCGAUCCAGUACAAAUUUCAGAUGAUGGUUUUACAGUAAUAUCAUCUAUGGAAGGUACCGAAGAAGCUUCUGGGGAUGACCAACAAAUUUACGAGAAUCUGGAGGCACAACUAAUAAAACAAAUAAAGCGGUGCGUAACAACAAAAGAGCAUUGCAAGGCACUUGGUGAUGUAGCAAGUUACAAUAAGUGGGGACGGCUUGCUCUAGACUAUGCGAAGGAUUUAGAUUUUCUGAGAGUCCGGAAACGAGAUAAUCUUCCUCCUCCUCAGCAUCAUUACGAAAUUAAAACUUACUCCCUUGUGCAGAGCUGCACGGACUUGACAGAUGCUGAUAUUGAAAUCUCAAUUCUUAGAGGUAUAAAUUAUCCUAAAGAAGUUGAUACCUACGUCAUAUUUGAACUUCCCUGGCCUUCCGAUGCUCCGUCAAGCGAUCGAACAUCAACAAUCAGGGAUAGCAACAAUCCAGAAUACAACGGAACAUUCACUUUGACUGGAAUAAUUGAUCGUAAAUCACGACAAUGUCAAAGAGUUUUCAAACGGCACGGGCUUAAGUGCCAAGUUUGGUCUAAAGGAUGCUCGCUGAAUCCUAUCCUGUGUUGCACCCACCCAAGAGGAUUUUUCCGGGCCGACAGUCUGGUGGGGACUGCAGUCGUAAAACUUCAACCCCUUGAAACGAAAUGUAUAUUACACGAUUCGUUUCCUUUGAUGGAUGGACGCAAAGCAGUUGGUGGAAAGUUAGAGGUAAAGAUUCGACUGCGAAAUCCUAUAACCACGAAGCAAAUCGAACAAAACACCGACAAAUGGUUGGCCAUUGAUCACUGAUUCGCAUAAUUUCCAUAUGCUUUACUCGACCUAAAAGCUUUAAGUUUACUGCGCAUUAAUGUACGUAUGUAAAGGAUAUUCGAAGUGCUUUUUCACAAGAUUGUUUACAAGCAAAAUUUGGAGUUAUUAGUGUAUAUAUCCACAGUGGUUAUUCUGAUAAUCUUAUACUGCAUGUACAUAAUUACUACCCACAAAACAUGGUAUUUUUUUUAUCGAUUGUCAAACUGCGCAAAAGCGAAACGUUUUGCCAGCCUCAAGAGAGCUACAGAUAAUUCUAAAUACGCAAAAAAAAGGAAAGUCGAUGCUACAUCGAAAGCAAUAUUUACAUACACAUUGUUAAUUUUAUAUAAAUGUAAAGUGAAGCCUUGUUACUGUAUCAUAAUUUAUAGAAAGAAAAAAUAUACGUAUGCUUUGACGGAA